AUGUCUAACGUCUCCGGGAUCGACAAGGUCUCCGGCCAGAGCUUCGACUAUAUCAUAGCUGGCGGCGGGGGAUGCGGACUAACUUUGGCAGCACGAUUGAGCGAAGAUCCUUUCAUGACUGUCCUUGUGCUGGAAUCCGGAGGGGCAAACCUCAAUGAUCCGGAACUAUUGCAUGCCGCCUUGUUCGGCUCACAUUUCGGCAAACCUCAGUACGAUUGGGCCUAUAACUCGGUCAAACAGAAACACCUUAACAAUCGGUCCGUGUAUUUUUCACGAGGAAAAGGCCUUGGUGGUUCGACUGCUAUAAACUUCUUGGGGUAUUGUAAGCCGCCGGCACGUCACAUAGAUGAUUGGGAAAUGCUCGGCAACCCUGGGUGGAACUGGGAGGCUCACCAGGAGAUUCUCGAGAGGGUAGAAAGAUUUCAGCCUCCACCUGAAGAUGUCCAGAUGGGAUCUAAGACAGACCCCGCCGCUUGGAAAUUCGGGAGGAAUGGACAGCUUUUGGUCGGAAUCCCACCAAUCCAAGAUGGUGAGCUCAAGCUGACAGAGGCUAUGGAGAACGCUGGACUACGUCCAGCACCCCAACCCUACAACGGAGAUCCAAAUGGAUGGUUCUGGUGUGCCAGCACCUGCGACACAGAGACGUACACGAGAUCGUAUUCGACGACCGCAUUCUAUCUGCCAAACAAAGACAGGCCAAACUUGUCCGUUCUAACGGACGCUCACGUGCGCCGCGUCCUCACCCAGCCUGGCGCUGCUGGCAAUCUUACUGCCACUGGCGUCGAAUUUGGCUAUGGUGGCGAUAUUCAUAGCGUGCGAGCCACCAGAGAGGUUAUUUUGAGCGCCGGGUAG